CCCAACCCGGCAGACGCAGAUGCCGACCACUGCUAUAAAAGAGGUGGAACGCCCAGCCAGCUCUGGCCGCCUUCAUUCUUGCUCCACCACCACCUUGCUUAGCUUAGCUUGGCAUCCUCUCCUUCCUUCCUCUCUGCCGGCAGGGCCUCCUCCACGGGUCACGGGUGAGGAUGGAGGGAGUAAUUGGCAGCGGCCGACGUGCUGAUUGUAUUGGUGUUAAUUUGUCAGAUCGAUCGAUCGAGGCUGGGAGCUAGCUAGGCAGCAGGCAUGGCGGAUUCUUCAACGCCCCCACCUGUGGUGCGACCCAAGAGGAAGAAGGUUCUGGUGGAUUACCUGGUGACAUUCCGAUGGAUCCCUGCCAUCUUCGUGGCCCUUCCCCUAUCCGCUCUCAUCUACCUCUGCAUCUACAUCGGGGGCAUGCUCUCCUCCAUGAAAUCCGAGGAACGCCGGCGCAGGGAGCACGAGGAGAACGUGAAGAAAGUCGUGAAGCGCCUCAAGCAGAGGGAUCCCAGGAAGGACGGCCUUGUCUGCACGGCCAGGAAGCCAUGGGUGGUGGUUGGCAUGCGCAACGUGGACUACAAGCGUGCCCGCCGCUUCGAGGUCGACCUCUCCGCAUUCCACAACAUCCUGGAGAUCGACACGGAGAGGAUGGUCGCCAAGGUCGAGCCUCUUGUCAGCAUGGGGCAGAUCACCAAAGUUACCUGCCCCAUGAACCUCUCCCUCGCCGUAGCCCCAGAGUUCGACGACCUCACCGUCGGUGGUCUGAUCAAUAGCUACGGGAUCUCAGGGAGCUCUCACAUCUACGGCCUUUUCUCCGACACGGUUGUGGCCAUGGAGGUUGUUCUUGCAGAUGGCCGGGUUGUGCGAGCCACCAAGGACAACGAGCACUCGGACCUCUUCUACGGCAUGCCGUGGUCCCAGGGCACCAUCGGCUUCCUCGUCUCAGCCGAGAUCAAGCUCAUUCCCAUCAAGGAGUACAUGAGGCUGACCUACACUCCGGUCAGGGGGACCUUGAAGGAGAUCGCGCAGGCCUACGCCGACUCCUUCGUGCCCAGCAGCAAAGAUGCAAAGGUCCCUGACUUUGUGGAAGGGAUGGUGUACUCUCCCUCUGAAGGCGUGAUGAUGACCGGUGUGUACGCCACGGAAGAGGAGGCCAAGAAGAAGGGCAACCGGAUCAACCGUGUGGGCUGGUGGUUCAAGCCCUGGUUCUACCAGUACGCGGAGACGGCCCUGAAGCGGGGCGAGUUCGUGGAGUACAUCCCUACGAGGGAGUACUACCACCGCCAUACCAGGUCCCUCUACUGGGAGGCAAAGCUGAUCAUCCCUUUUGGCGACCAGUUCUGGUUCAGGUUCCUGCUUGGCUGGCUGAUGCCGCCCAAGAUUACCUUGCUGAAGAUCACCCAGGGCGAAGCGAUCAGGAACUACUACCAUGACAACCAUGUGAUCCAGGACGUGCUGGUGCCGCUGCACAAAGUCGGCGACGUUCUCGAAUUCGCUCAACGCGAGUUGGAGGUGUACCCUGUGUGGCUGUGCCCGCAUCGUCUGUACAAGCUCCCCGUGAAGGCGAUGGUGCAGCCAGAAGCAGGGUUCGAGCAGCAUCUCCGGCAGGGCGACACCGCCUACGCCCAGAUGUACACCGACGUUGGCUUCUACUACGCUCCCGGCGCUGCGCUGCGGGGUGAGGAGUUCAACGGCGCGGAGGCGGUGCGGAAGCUGGAGCAGUGGCUGAUCAGCAACCACGGGUACCAGGCGCAGUACGCCGUGUCGGAGCUGAGCGAGAAGGACUUUUGGCGAAUGUUUGAGCCCUCUCACUACGACCACUGCCGCCGCAAGUACGGCGCCGCGGGCACCUUCAUGAGCAACUACUACAAGUCCAAGAAGGGGAAGAAGACGGAGAAGGAGGUCAGGGAGGCGGAGGCGGAGGCAGAGGCUGCCAUCGUCGAACCUAACAAGGAUGCAGACGCCGAAUGAAAUGAACUUAUUAGUAUGUCCGUCCAAUCAAUAAUGGUUUUAGUUUAAGAGUUUUUAGGCUGCACGGCACGGCACUGGAUGCAGCGCUGUGCUGUGCUGUGCUGUGUGUCCGCCGGACGAUCGACUUUGUUUCCAACUGAAUGUUGCAAUAAAAUAAGCAGCUAGCAGCUGUUUCUGCUUGCUGUAUUC